UAAGAAAUGUUUAAAAAACUAAUAGAGAAAACAUGGCUGUGGAAGGGAUUUACAAAAGUAUUUCUCUGUAUUAUUGGCAUCACGUCUACAAUCAUUAUAUCAUAUGUGGCUCAACAAGUGGUCGAUGACAUAGAUGCUGGUGAUACUAAUAAUUACACCAUGGACGCUUUAGAGAUCACCGCAAAAGCUAAGAACUCAACAAAUACAAUGAUAAUCGUGUCCACAUGUUUCACUAUUCUGAUUGACAUUCUGGUACUAAUAGCUGCCAUAACACCACAAUAUUGCAUGACAUUAACGUACGUAAUGCUGGCAAUAUUGGUCGCUUUAGGAACUACUCUAAAGGGAUACCGGACUCAGUGCUGGUACUCAACAAUAUUGCAACUGUUUAUGUUAGGUCUGGCGUGUGAUUUGCGUAUAAUUAAGCAUAAGUUAAUCAUACCCGACACUGAAAAUGAGAAGACAUGGCUGUGGAAAGGGUUUACGAAAGUAUUUCUCUGUAUUAUUGGCAUCACAUCCAUAAUUAUUAUAUCAUAUGUGGCUCAACAAGUGGUCGAUGACAUAGAUGCUGGUGAUACUAAUAAUUACACCAUGGACGCUUUAAAGAUUACUACAAAAGCCAAGAGAUAUUGGAUGACAUUAACGUACCUAAUGCUGGCACUGUUGGUGGCUGUGGGCAGUUGUGUGAUGGGUGUGCGAACCAAGUGCUGUACAUUAAUCAUUAUCAUCGCCGCCGCUGUUGUCCUCAGCAAUGCGGACAAAGACCCGACACAAUCAGAUGAAGAAUGGAAGCACAUGAAGAAAGUGACGAUAGCGGUGAUCGCAACGAUCGGUACGAUAGCAAUGUUGGUGGAAAUGCUGGGCCUUAUCGGUGCCGUCAAAGAGCACUACUGCCUAACGAUGACAUACGCUAUACUCAUGGCAUUGAUUACUCUGAGCAGUAUUGGCGGUGCCGUUAGGAUUGGCUCGUUUUGGUUCACUUUUGUGCUCAAUGUGUUGAUCACU